CUUUUGUGUACGCUAUUUCCUGGCGACAUUUUAUCUAGCUGUUCUCUGGUUUGUUAUUUCUAUGAGAUGAGGCAGGCUAUUGGGAACUAAUUUACUAAUAUGGAAGAAGAUUUUUCAAUAAUGAUUAUCUAAUAGCAUAUAUUCUUUUAAUGUUGAAACAGCUCUUGCCUAUCUAUCUGAUACCAAAUUGUAUGGUUGUUCGGUUCUUCCAAUGUUAAGGUUCAAAUUCAUUUUGGAGAGUUUCUAGGAUCAAGUUCCUGAAUCAUGGAGGGUCCUUGUGAAACAGCCAACAAUGGUGGUGGAGUUGACCAUGGGCUUCAGAUUAUAGGAUACUCUCCUUUCCAACCCAACACCAAAUUUUCCUUCCCCUGGUUUGAUUUGAGAGUCUUCUAUGUGAGGAUCAGCAAUGUUCUAGUUGAUGAUUCAACCCCGGGAUGUCUUACUCUUAACCAUAUUCCUCUAAGCCCCGACACCCUUCUGGAAGUUAAUGGGGCGAGAAUUGGUAUGUAUUCUGGUGGAGUCUCUUCCCUCCUUAGAAGGGAUAGGGUAGAUAAGAAAUCAGAAGAAGCCACAUUUGUGAGUACGGAUAGUAUUAGGUUCACAGGAAGUGUGAAAUUUGAAGUGUUUGAUAAGGAUGAUCUCUUUCUUUCUGGGGUUCUGGAUAUGUCUGGUAGUAAUGGCUUCACUGGGGAAUCAAAAAACAACAAGAAGAAAUGGAGCAUGAACUGUGAGUCAGAGAUCACUGCUGGCACUGGCUUCUUGAAGGGAAAAAACUUCACGGGACCAGGGUUACCAUUACCAACCAUUGAGGUUUAUGUCACAGGUUGCUUCUUAGGAACACCGAUCAUCUUGACCAAAACACUGCAGCUUAACUCGAGGAAGAAGCAUAAUAGGAAGGGCAUGUUAGACUCAAUACCUGAGUAUAACACAACUGAAUUCCAGAAAGAUGCCUCAUCUGAACUUGGUCUGCAGGUCGCAGAAUACAGCAACUUGAAACGAGAAUAUAAUGAAGACUAUAGCAUGUACUGGAGAAGGACAGAAUGCAUGGAUGUUGAGGACAGUGAACUCUCAUGGUUCAAUGCAGGGGUUAGGGUUGGUGUAGGGAUUGGCCUUGGCAUUUGUCUGGGAAUGGGUGUAGGAGUUGGAUUGCUGGCUCGUUCUUACCAGGUUACCACUCGGUACUUCAAAAGGCGGUUUCUGUGAUACCUUCCGUAAAAUCCAGAGGCAUCCUAACUUCAUCUCGUUAACAAAGAUAAGAUGCAGCUUUGACAGCAGAUUUGACUAUGUAAUAUCCUGUGUAGCUAACAUUCUUUUUUUUUUUUUUUGUGCUUUCCCUUCUUUAGAACUUCAAUAUGAUGUGUUUGUUUACGGAGGUGUUUGUUUGCCUUGUUUUUCAUUGUAAAAAAAUCUGUUUUGUAUCAGAGAAAGAGAGAAUUCUUAAUGUAACUAAGGAAUUU